UUUGUGAUUGUGUUGUUAUUGUUGUUUUGUUAUCGAGCGGCGUCAUUGUCGAGAUCCGAGAUAUUUUUUUGGGUAGAGCUUCAGCCGAGCUACAACUUCUGGACCAAAAAAAUAUAGACAGAUUGAGAUGGGACGGUAACAAUCUUGAAAGGCCAAAAUGAGGUCAAUCGUAUGCAAGCAGGCGAGAACUGCUUUACGCAGUGCUCCUCGUUGGAAUUACAGAGCUCCAUGUACUGCUGUGAGGUGGUCGUCUUCGGAGGAACGACAAUGGUCUACGCCUCUUGCAAAACAGCUCUCUGAAGCUAUAACAGCCACAGGUCCGAUUCCGUUAGCAUCUUUCAUGCGAAUGUGUUUGACAUCGGAUUUGGGAGGAUACUACAUGUCCAGCCAAGAAGGACGAGACCAAUUUGGGCAAAAAGGAGACUUUGUUACGUCGCCUGAAAUAUCUCAGAUCUUCGGAGAACUUAUUGGUAUUUGGUUUGUGGCAGAAUGGAUGGCACAAGGAAGGAAGACCAAGGGUGUGGAGUUGGUUGAGAUAGGUCCUGGAAGAGGCACUUUGAUGGAUGAUAUGUUGCGAACAAUAAGAAAUUUCAAACCAAUGGCAUCUAGUAUAGAAGCUGUAUACCUGGUAGAAGCGAGUCCAUCUCUACGAGAAGCUCAGAAGCAGCUUCUAUGUGGAGAUAGUCCAAUGACUGAGACAUCUAUUGGACAUCAAAGCAUAAGCAAGCAUGCAAAUCUUCCUAUCAUCUGGACAGAGAAUAUAAAAUUUGUACCAUCAGUUCAAGACAAAAGUCCUUUCAUAGUAGCUCACGAAUUCUUCGAUGCUCUCCCGAUUCAUGCUUUCCAAUCAAUAGCACCUUCAGACUCAUCUCAAGAGAGUAUCCAAACACCAACAGGACAACACGAACUCUCUCCCUCUGCCAGGCAACCCAAAGGUCCACAAUGGCGAGAAAUGGUCGUUUCACCAACUCCUCUAAGCUCGACACAUACCACUCUUAACACUCCCAAAUCCCAACAAUCCUCCAACCCACCUCCAGAUUUCCAGCUCACACUUUCAAAAGCAUCAACUCCACACAGUCUCUACCUCCCCGAGAUAUCACCCCGCUACCGAGCCCUGAAAUCCACCCCCGAUUCCCUGAUAGAAAUAUCCCCCGAAUCUCACGCCUACGCCCAAGAAUUCGCCAAAAGAAUAGGAGGCUCCAAAGAAGAACCCAAACAAACACCAUCAGGAGCAGCCAUAAUCCUCGAUUACGGACCAGCUGGCACGAUCCCCACUAACUCCUUACGGGGUAUCCGAGAACACAAACGAGUUUCUCCUCUCAGCUGGCCGGGACUCGUCGAUCUUUCGACAGAUGUGGAUUUCACUGCUCUAGCUGAAGCGGCUCUGGGUGCUAGUCCUGGUGUAGAGGUCCAUGGAGCGGUGGAGCAGGGAGCAUUUUUGCAGGCUAUGGGGAUUAAGGAGAGGGCUGAGAUGUUGAUGGAGGGCUUGAAAGGAGAGGAGGAAAAGACGAGGAUUGAGGGGGCGUGGAAGAGGUUGGUUGAUAGAGGAGGGAGUGGAAUGGGGAAAGUUUAUAAGGCUAUGGCGAUUGUGCCGGAGAGUGGUGGGAGGAGGAGACCCGUGGGAUUUGGUGGGGAUGUUGAUGCGUGAGUAGGGGAUUUGUAUUGUAUGGGUGUAUUAUAUGUGAAUAUUAUGUAUGUCAGUGAUAAGUAUGCCCAGUCACUAUUUUGGAGAGCAUAAGACACUUUGAAG